AUGGCAACGCAUCAUUCCCCCAUCACGGGCCUCGGUGUGACCCUUCAACCGGUAGACUCUAGCGUCUCACAGCCCGAGCGCGCAGGUCUUUCGCGGACGACGACGGCCUAUGACCCCCUGGACAAGAGCCCCCGGCCGAGCGGCGAGUCAACACCCAAAGUGAACCCCUUUGAGACGGACAUUGAGGCCAUGGAUGUGGACGAGACGUACCCCUACUCCAAGACGAAGCAGCAGCGCGCCCUCGACCGGACCGACAAGCAGGUCUGGCCUGGCAAGGACCACUGGAAGCAAGUGGCCAAGUCGGCCAAGAUGAAGCGCAGCUGUACCUGUAUGGCGCGCCUGAGCCAUCGUAACCGCAUCAUCGCCAAGAUACUCAUCGUCAUCCUCGUCGUCGGGGCCGCCGUCGGUAUCGGCUUCGGUGUGAGUAAACCGCUCGGUGCCGCCAUUUGGACAGACAAUCAUUGA